AUGACAACAGGUGCAAUGAGAGUCAAAUAUAGCGUACUGUUCGGCAAGAAUGUUAAUCCACAUCCAUAUAGAUAUAUUAGACAGCCAUCUACUGUUUGUAACUUCAAUGGCUAUAACCAUGAACUAAAUUUGCUGAUCUUAGUAAAAUCAAAUGUGUUUCAAAUUGGACAUCGCAUGGCUAUCCGAGCUACGUGGGGUAACUUAACCUACAGUUCAGUUCACAUAGCAUUCUUACUUGGAUAUUCACCGGUUGUUGAAUCGUUCGUUAAGAUGGAAUAUAAUAUAUAUAAUGAUCUGAUCCAAGAGGACUUUAUUGACCAUUAUCGGAACAAUACUUUGAAAACGAUCAUGGGAUUUCACUGGGCAGUCUAUCACUGUAGGCAAGCUUAAUUCGUUUUAUUUGUAGAUGAUGACUAUUAUGUAAAUGAAUAUUCUCACAAACAUUGGCCUUCAUUCAUCAGCGGUGGGUCAAUGUUAUUGUCUAUGGACGUGGUUACAAAAUUUGCAAAUACCUUCCCGUACGUUAAAUCGAUACAUCUGGAUGAUGUGUACCUCGGAAUGGUUGCUCAAGUUCUAAAAAUAAAACUUACACAAGACAAGAGAUUUUAA